AUGCCACCUUCAGAGUCAAAGUCGUACGAACAGGACCUCGAGAUGGAACCAAUCUUUGCGCAAGCCUUAAAUAGCAUCCCAAGUAAUAACGGAAAUCCCACAAAGGAAGGUGCACCAGUCGUCUGGCUCAACGGAUACCCUGGGACCGGCAAGCUCACCGUCGCCACCGCGCUCAUCGACCAAGUAAAGAUCUCGCGCCGAAACCCUCGAUACUGGGACGCAAGGAAGACCGAGAGACGGCUGGUUUUCGAGAAAUACGUACUCUCCAAUAGCCACAAGGACAGGAUCGUCAUAUUUACCGAUUUCCAGACCGAAACGAACAACGGGGCCGGUACGUCCAUCGAGUAUCUCCAAGCAGCGCGGCAGGCCCGCCGCCCCUUUCUGCCCGUCUCGCUCACCUGCCAGGAAGACGAGAACAUACGCCGAGCGACGAAUCCCGCUCGGUGCGUCACCGAGUCGGGCCGGGUCCUGAACAAGCUGACGGACGGGUCUUCGUUGAGACGGCUCCGGAGACUGGACUUGUUCGACUUUGACGACCUCGUCCACUACGAGGACACGAAGAUGGAUGGGUUGAUCAUCGAUAGUUAA